GGCAAUGUACAUGCUGCAGACCCGGCUCUGCGUCGGCCUCGUCGUCGCUCUCCUCUCGUCUACGCCGCUCGCCUCCGACGACUGCGUCGACGAGCAGCCGAAUUGCGAGAGCUGGGCGGCCGCUGGAGAGUGCAAGAAGAACGCCGGCUUCAUGAGCAGAGCGUGCCCAAGGUCGUGCGGGACAUGUCCUCCACCCAUCGACCCGGCGCUGCUGGAGCUCGGGCCGGAGCGCGUGGUGAUGGACAUCGAAGGCUACGGCAAGGUGACGCUGGGCUUCUACCCGAAGGCUGCUCCGGUCACCGUUCCGCACCUCCUCAGUCUCUUCCGCCUCGGCUGCUACGACUCGAACCACAUCUUUCGCGUGGACAAGGGCUUCGUCGCGCAGGUGCAGUCCGUCUCGCAGGGCUCGGUGCUCUCGCCGCUCUCGGCCGAGUGCGCGCGCGAGGCGGCAAAGACGGUCCCUGGCGAGUUCACGGGCAUACGGCACGUGCGGGGCAUGCUGUCGAUGGGCCGAAUGUCUGACCCGGACAGCGGCGGCUCCUCCUUCUCCAUGCUGCUCGGCCGGGCGGCGCAUCUCGACGGCGAGUACACCGUGUUUGGAAAGGUGCUGGACGGCGACGACGUGCUCAAGAGCGUCGAGGAGGUGGAGACACGCCAGGAGGGGAUCUUCGUGAUGCCAAAGAAGCGGAUCACAAUCACGUCGGCGAUAGUCCACGCCGAGGAGCAAGAGCUAUAGCCGCCAAGCAACGACACCCCCGGCGGCUAGGGCGGCGGCGGCGAGGCGGCCCGGCGGCAGAGGGCAGUGGACGUCCCAGCUCUUUGAAC